UGCUCUUCGUGAAAUGCAGGCCAAGGUCGAGAAGGAGAUGGGUUCUGCUCAGGACCCAAAUACUGCAGCUGCAUCACAGGCAAGUAGAGAGGAGGUUGAUUCACGUUCAGUUUUUGUGGGCAAUGUCUGGCUUCAUUCAAGUUUUCCGACUGCCUAAUGCUGGGGUUGGAAGUAUUUUGAUAUAAAUAUAGCUGGGCUAGGGGGGAAAAAAAUCUGUGUGUCAUAAAAAAUCAAUGAAGAAAAGUUUUUAAAAAAAGAAAAAAGAAAAAAAAAAUAUAGAUAAAGGGGAAAAAAUCUUAUGGAAGGUAGAUGAAAAAAUUGAAGCCUUUUGGAGGCCUUUAGAAAAUAAACGAGGAAGCAAAGAAAUAAUUUAAGAGAAAACCAGUAAAGGAAAAUUCCUGACCACACUACAGGAGAAGAAGAAUAGAAUGAAAGUUGUAGUUAAGAUUAGAAAACCUUUUCUCGUUAAAUCAAGUCCUUGGGCCAGGGUGGACAAAGGAGUAAGAUACCCAGCUUCAAUCAAGUUGGAGAAGUAACGUGCAUUGAAGACUAAGGAGUAGCUGUGGGUAUGUGUUUUCAUUCUUGCAAAGCCAAGGCUUUUGGUGGUGGUUAAUGCACAAGAGAUUUAUAAGCCUUUUCCUGCUUAUGGUGGAUUACUCAUGUACCCCUGAAGAAGUGCAGCAGCAUUUCCAGUCAUGUGGGACAGUGAACAGAGUCACCAUUCGCACUGAUAAAUUUGGCCAACCAAAGGGUUAUGCUUAUGUGGAAUUCCUUGAAACAGAAGCUGUUCAAGAGGCUCUGCUGUUGAAUGAAACUGAGCUACAUGGCCGCCAAUUGAAGGUGUCUGCCAAACGGACUAAUGUACCUGGUAUGAAGCAGUAUCGCCCUCGUCGAUCAAACCCCUAUAUGGGUUUUCGGUCCAGGGGUCCAUUUGUAGCUCCCUAUAUGUACUCCCCUUAUGGAUAUGGAAAGGUUCCAAGGAUGAGAAUGCCAAUGCGUUACAGCCCCUACUACUGAAUAUCAAUUUUGCUAGUUCUGUCUGUCAGAUGGACAUGUCCAAGACGCCUUUCCUUUUUAGUGUUGUUAUUUUCUAUUUUGAUGGUUGACAAUUUAAACAGUAGUUAUGGGGGUUUUGUUUGAACAUGUGGAUAUUAUGUGGAUCAAGCAUUUUGUCGAGAUUAUGGUAAAACAAUGUGCUUGCACCGACUGAAUUUAUCUAAGUAGUUCAUUUCCAAGUUUACGUUAAA